AUGCCAGGUCUUGCAAAUACAUUCAAUCACAUAUCCAUCGCCAAGCUGCACCCAACAUUCGGAGCAGAAAUUAGCGGCGUUGAAUUUUUGCAUACUGUGGAAGAAGAUGUAUUCCAAGAAGUUCUGGCAGCCAUAACUAAGUACGGAGUAUGUGUAUUCCGCAAAACGGGCCUCAACGACGCCAAUCAUGUCGCCUUUGCAGCUCAAUUUGGCGAGUUGGACGAUGUGACUCCCUACUUGGCAGGUGGACGACCUAAUAGACUUUCUGAUGACCGACUAUUCGAUGUUGGCAAUAUCGAUCUAGACGGCAGUGUCUUCCCACGGAAUAGCGUGCGCCAGGAAUGGAACAAGGGAAACGGACUUUUCCAUGUAGACUCGAGUUUUAACCCUCGACGAGGAGGAUACUCACUGCUACGAGCUCAUGAACUUCCCCCAGUGGGAAUGGGUGGCGAGACAGACUUUGCCGACGUGCGCACAGCAUUCGACGAGCUGCCCUCCCAACUUAAAGCAGAUCUGCGCGCAAAUGAUUAUGUCGCCGCACACUCGCUUUGGCAUUCGCGUAAAAUGGCUGCCCCGGCCACCUUUGCAGAUGUGAAUCCGGAGGACUAUUCAAUGAGCCGACACAAAUUAGUGCAGAAACAUGAGGCAUCGGGUCGGGAAACGAUGUAUAUCGCCUCGCAUAUUCACCAUAUCGAGGGGAUUGCCAGCGAGGAGUCGUCAGCGCUGGUUAAGCAGUUACUCGACCAUUCCACACAGCCGCGGUAUGUUUUGCGGGUGGGAUGGGAGAAUGUAGGGGACCUUGUCAUGUGGGAUAAUACGGCUGUGAUGCAUCGUGCCGUUGGAGGUAGCUUUGAGGGGAAGUUCCGGCGAGAUAUGAGGCGGGCAACUGUUCAUGACGGGAGUUCCACGGCGUGGGGGCUGAAUGAGAGAAGUGAAGUAAGACAGGGACUUCCAUGA